AUUCUAGUAAACUAUCUCUAAACAUUUAUGAGUCAGAUUUGAUUUGUAAUGAAUGUGUUUCCCAUUUUAGUUAUUCUUGGAGAGUUACUGAACUGUUAUGGAUACGACAAUCUAUCACAAAAUAAAAAAGCUGCACAGAGUUCAACCUGGCCUUGCGGUAAGUCCUGCUCUCUAUAUAGAGCGGAGAACGCAGUAGAUGAUGACAUUGGCACUUGUUCUAGGAGUGAAGUCUUUGGUCAUAACAGUCCGAUUAAAUCUGCUUGGUGGUAUGUUGACCUCGGUGAGACAGAAAGUAUAUACAGAAUCAACAUUCUCUACAGGGACUACACUGGGUAUGUACAGAGACAAAGAGGACGAAUGGCCGGUUUUUCUUUAUUUAUCUCAAACAGCACACAGAAACAGGACGGUCAUCUCUGCUACAAAGAUAAGAAUGGGUUGCCUCCCUUGAAUUUUAGUAUAAUUUGCUCCGGACAUGGCCGUUAUAUUAUAUUUUAUAAUGAACGAUUUGAUGGAGUAACAUACCCGGAAGGCUACGAGUCUAAAACUCUAAUAGAACUAUGUGACGUCGUUAUUGAAGGAUGUGAAUCAGGAAGGUAUGGAGAUAACUGUAGGCUAAACUGUCCAAUCAAAUGCCCGGAUCAUAUGUGUGACAUCGAGAGUGGUGAUUGUUUGACGUGUCUAGCAGGGUGGCAAGGACCUAAAUGCCAGGAAGGAUGCAAAAAUAGAACAUAUGGUCCGAGAUGUAUGUACAGGUGUGGACACUGUUUUAAUGAUGCGCCUUGUGACGUAGAGACCGGAAGUUGUGGAUCUGAAUGUGACCCUGGCUAUCGUGGAGACCUUUGCAAACAGGCUUGUGAAAAUGGGAGUUAUGGACCAAGUUGCAAUUUCACUUGUGGCCAUUGUUUUAAUGGAGAACUCUGUGAUAAGACUACAGGAGUGUGUAGCACAGGAUGUGUCCCUGGGUAUUUUGGAGAUAGAUGUCACAAAGAAUGUUUGCCGGGAUUGUUUGGAAAGAAUUGCAGUUAUCCCUGCAGUGGCCAUUGUUCACACAACGAGAGUUGCCAUCAUGUUGAUGGGAGAUGUAAAAGAGGGUGCGCUGCCGGAUACAUAGGAAAUAAGUGUAAUCUUGUUUGUGAACCUGGCUUUUAUGGUAUAAACUGUACAGAGAUAUGUUCCGUAGGAUGUCAAGACAACUGUAACCAUGUUGACGGUUUUUGUAGAUGUACUGCUGGGUGGACGGGGUUCCCGAAGUGUACCAUUGAAUGUCCUCCAAACUUUUUCGGAAUUGACUGCCGACGCCGAUGCAGUGGUCACUGCAGUAACAAUGACACCUGUAGUAGGCAUGACGGGACAUGUGAAGGCGGCUGUCAGGAACCAUUUAUUGGUCGUCUCUGUGAUCAUCAAAAUUUUACUGAGUAUCAAGAAGAAAAAUUUUGCGUUUUCAAGCAUUUUUCUACUUCGUGGAUUGCAGGAAUGACCGUUUCUCUUACAUCAAAUUUAUUUGCAAUUUUCAUUAUCAUUUUUGAAAUACGACACUGUCAAUUAAAAGCAAAAGCAAACAAAAGACCAGAAAAGUAUAUUACAAUGACAGAUUCAGGAACUUUGAACAAUGAAGGCGCAGCUCAUCAGUAUGAGGAAAUAAUUAACCCCAUUAAUUAGGAAUUCUUGUAAAAUGAAUUCUACUGGUGCUCUUCUCUCUCUGUAGAAAGAACAAACUUUUAGUAGUUACAAUUUACAAUUUAUGUAUAAGCACAAAUAAAAAACGUAAAGUUAUAAACUUAUCACUGAUUAUAAUAAACAUGUGACUUGUAAUAUGCAUUAUUAUAUGUCUCUAAACUUAUUUAGUUGGGUAGAUUUACAUACUGUAUGUAGUUUUGAUCUUCUUUAAGCUAAUCUGUUAUUCUCUAACUCUUUUCAUCUGACCAUCACACUGCUUCCAUCGUGACUCUCAAUGUUUUGGACAUUUUAUACAAUGUUAUCGAUAAAUGGAAAAAAUGUACAUAUAUAAAUGGUAAGUUUAAUGUUUAUUUGUAUUCAGCUUUUGCGUUAAUAAACUGAUGACAGGGAAGCUUAUUCUCACGCUGUGUACUAGAUGAGGGGUUAAUUACAAUCAAGAGGAGAGAGGCUGCAUAACAUCUUUGAGAACAUACUCUUGAGUAUCGAAUAAACACUUUAUACAGGAGAUUAACUACCUAAAUAGGAAAAUUUACAUAGCAUUCUUUGUAAGUUGACCGUUAUCUUCUAUAUUCAGACAAAUAUCCACCAAAGCUGAGGAGGAAAUGUCGAGUUAAGGACAUUGCUCUUUUGGAAGAAAACAAUAUGUUCAAGUUAUUUGGAAUCACAUCAUUUGAAGUAUAAAAUGACCAUCCAUUUUUAUUUCCUUGAUCAAAUAUUAGAAUUUAUUUACAAACUACAUCAAAAGGCAUAAAUAAGUGAACAACCAGAGCAUUCUAUUUCAGGGAAAUGAGGUUUACAGAUUUUUUUAUGAAAACUUGUUAAAUAUUUCCUUCGUUUACUUUGGGUGUGUGUUAUUAUGUAAUGAUAUCAAUGGUUCUAAAGACAUUAAGGAAAAAAUAUUAUGAUUGCAUGAAACCUUGUCAAAAACUGACAAUCUUUGCGCGGAAGGAACAAUAAUUUCUUUUUCAAUAAUUUUUUUACAAAAAUAUAUUCUUUUAUUUUUCACAAAAAUAUACAUGUAAAUCAAAUCAAACUUUGCUUCUUAUCAGCAGUAAAUUAUUUGGUAGUUUUUUUUAAUUAUUGCUGGUAUUUGCUUAAGAUUUCUAGUGGACAACCACGCAGGCUUAUACAGAGCAAAUACAGCAUCAAAAGUUGUAGUAAUUCUAAUCAUGUUUCUUACAAUUGCUAUCCUAGGAAAAUUAAUGAACUGUUUCGGAUAUGGUAAGUAAACUUUGAAACAUUGUCAAAGAUAUCAGAGUCUGAUGUGAUUGAACCAAAGAUAGGGGGUUGGGGUUAAGGUAUUAUUUGCUUAAGAUGUAUAUUUAUAACAAUCAAGGAAAUACAAUUUAUAUCAUAAUUUGAAUUUUUGAUGAUUUGUUUGAUUGUUUUCUCUAAUAACUGAAUGAACUUGGCACUAAUAAUUUUUCAUAUUGAUUUUUUA